CGACGAUCGUCAAAACGCUGCGAAGAGCGCUAAUCGGAAUCGCAAGUGUGAAAACGUUUGGCUGCGGUAAUUUUUUGGCGAUUAAAUAGUGUUAUCGGUUCCCAAGUUGCGCUUCCGGCGGUUCCCGUUGUAGUUUAGUGCCCGGCCAAUUCAAGGCAGACAUCGGAUGUUUCGGGUUUGAGUUGGGAGGAUUAACAGACUCCACGCGGAAGUGGUACUCUUCAAAACGGGAGUCGGUAGACGGGGAACAAGUGGCAAAAGUGUGGAAAGGCCAGCGAUGAAAGAAUUGUCCGAUAUACUGCGGGAGAUUAAACAGAGCACUGAACGGGACGAGAUGGAAUUCUGCGAGGAUUUUGCCAAGUUGCAGAUGAUAUUUAAUCAUACCAACCAGUUUGUUCGAAAUUUUGACAAGAUUGUCUUCUACGGAGGAAAUGAGCCAUUCAUCAUCGAAAUUGUGGCCAGGCUGGUCAAAUAUCUUCGGAUCCGCCGCUAUCUGGAUGAAAACAACAAACCGGUCAAGGAGUGCGAACACCAGCUCCGCAAGAUCACUUUGUACAUGGUGUUGAAUACCGAUGUCAGCUUCAAGUUUGACCUGACCCGGGAUACCAACAUCUGUCACGUGCUGAAUACGAUACCCCAGCUGACGAAAUGUCUGCUACUGAGCUGCAUCUGGGGGGCCAGCUUGGAUGAGUAUUUCUACGAGCUGCUAGCCUACAGUCCCCAGUGGUUUGCGAUGCAAUUCCUGGACCAGGCGGUGACCAGUUUGAAGUUUGCCAAACCGUACGAGAUUCUGGAACGGGUAGAACGCAUGGUAGGGGCAGUUUUCUACAGCAUUUGUCGAACGGAUUGCGACUGGAAACGGGUGGAUCGGAAUCGGUUUGUUGAACAGCAGCGAAUACUGAGUAAACUGUUUGACUUUGUGGCCGAGCUGUUGCGCUACUUCAACACACCAGAUAUGAGCAAAUUUGAAAAGUGGUCUCGUGCGAGAAUGCACAAAUAUUACGGGUUUGCCUUGAAGCACAUGUUUAAGAUUGUAUUGGACUGUUUCGAGCUUUACUUUAAUAAAAGUUUGUUCAAGUUGGACGAAAAGCUGUCGAUUUACAAAAUAAUGGGUGAAAGUCACCCGGUCAGAACGGAGAUUCCAGAGGAAUACUCAGCGGGAACGGAAACACAUUUGAUUAAGAUCAACAACUGUCUGUUGAAUACUUUGCAAACGUGUGUGAUGGAAGUGACCGUUGAUAGAUUUAUGUACUGGGCAGAAGUAGAUAUAGUUCGAGAGAAACAAGAGAAUGCGUCACUACAACAGGUGAUCGGAGAAUACGCAUUUCGAUUGCUAGAAGUCCUAAAGGAUAGGAAAAUAUUCCAGCACAAUGUGCUCAAGCAACUUCCUUCAAUUGCGUUGCGGCCAAAGUCUCAGGCGGAGAAGGCAAUGGAUUUAUCGAUGCGCGAAUUGAUGGAGAAACUUGAAACGACUCGAGAAGUUUACGAGCAGAAGUUGUUCUUCAACGAAUUCAUCCGACGGGGAGCGCAAGUUCUGGGCAAUGGCGAAUGUUUGGAGCUGAUUGAACAGAACUUACAGCUUGUAUCCGGUGACAAUGUCCGAAAGAUGAUCGAAUACGACAAUCGACCGACAGAAGAUGAGAUGGAAGAGGAUGGACCCUCGGAGGAGGCAGUCAAACUGCGCGAGCUAAUUUUACGAUCGGUUGAUUAUUUGUUGCUAGAGGAAGCAACGUCCCUCAUCAAGCAUAUGACCGGAACCUAUGGCCUCGAGUACGAUCGAUAUCGGACGCCUGAUUUGGUGGAAAAAAUUGUAGAAUACACAAACAAAUUCAGUACAUCUGUCAACCUUAUGUCGGACGAAGAUGAUAUCUUUCUUCCAAUGUCACUUAUCUUCCAGUGUCCGUCGCUGUUCUACGAUCGCCUGACCCGAUCCCUUUACGAUUCCAGUUUCAACAACGCCAACUACAUCUACACGAUCAUCCGAGUUAUCGCGAAAACCAAAUCGCUCGCCAUUCCCUACAUCAGUGCGCAGCUUCGAGCGCUGCUAUCGGACCAGUUCGAGAUCAUAAAAUCGAAUUCACUCUCCGUAUUCGUGCUCAAGCUGUACGAGCUGGACCUUCUGGAAAGGAACCAUUUCCUACAGGGUUUCCUGCUUCAGGGCGUGGACGAAGCCUUCCACAAAGACAAAUGGGUUGCCCUGAUGGAAAUUCUCGGCCUUAUGCAGCUGGUGGUGGAUAAGAAUCUCAAUAUGUUUCGGCUGGAUACUCUCAAGCAAACGGUGUUGAAGCUGGCCGAACUCAGCGAAAUAUUGCGAUUUGACGUUACCAAACUGCAACCGGUUCAUUCUACUGGUAUCGGGCGAAUACAACUUCUGGAAAAGAUGCUGAAGAUCAUUGCCGGGCCCGUGCGCAUGCUACGUGCGUUCAAAGAAGAGCCUAAGCAGAGGUUCCGCGCGCAAACCGAAAAGUUCGCUCCAAUCACCCGGUUUUACUUUCAGCGUGUGUUCGUGGAUCUCUCCCAGCCGGGAGUUGUGCUGGAGGAAAUGGCCAAAUUCAUGAACCCCGACUUGAACGAAGAGACCCCCAAACAGCAGCUCCGGUUGUUCCUAUCGAAAACUUUAGUUCAGUGCACAACCCUAGAAUCGGAAAAAUUGGCACGCAACGAACUUUUGCAGACGCAUUUCAGUGAUGCGAUUAUGAUUAUUUUGGUUCUGCUGGAGAAGCAAGAACAUCACUACGAAUGUUUGAAGAGCUGUCUAUCGAACUACUUACACGUGGUGCAGAAAUUGUUCCUUCCGCCGCUCCUGACCGCAGAAUCGAAUCAAGCCGAUCGGACGGCUUUAGUUAAAACUAUCCUCAAGCAUAUCGCCAAAAUUCCGUUAGACUCCAGGGAUCGUCUGCUUGGAUCGCUCUCGUUUGGACUGUCUGCCGUCGUUCAGCAGUUACGCGCCGUCGACGCCGAUCUGGAUUUGUCGGAACUGGAAAAAGUAUUAAAACGAGAUGGACCUGCCAAUAAACAUCUUCAGUCUGCGAACCACAAUAGCGCUCCACAGCCGGAAUCGUUAGAUGAAAAACAUCAGCAGCAGCAACUCAACGGAACCAGUGAAUCGCCGCCAUCGGCCGAGCCGAAUGAGGAAGCAAUGGUAACGGAAUAACUUAAUUAAAAAAAAACCAACAAACCAAGGUAAGAUGAAAUGUAUGUAUAUCUAGCAGGAUACACAGAAACAACCACGAAACAGUUUUUGCUUCGAGGAAAAACUCGGCACAAUUUUAAGAAAAAGAGAAGAAAAAAAAACAGACAAAGAAGACAAACAAGAUACAAAAAUUACAACACAGUGAUUCUACUUUAGGGAAAGAUUAUUUAAGAUUAAUGACAUUGGACACGAUUUACACCACGGCGCACCGCUGAUUUAUUUUUUUCUUACUGGUCUCAAGAUCAUACUUUUGACGCUAACUUAACAAACUUAUAUUAUCGCUUACUCUUGUUAGGUUUUCUUUUUUUUUACGGGAAAACAUCUUCCUAGUUGUUUAUUGCCAACACUUGGUCUUUGAGUUUUCAUUUUUAAGAUUUCCAAAGUUACGUUCAGCGUUUCGGCUUCGAUGCAAUCCUAACUCAACAAAAAAUAAUCGGUACCAAUAGUUUAUCGCUACAUACGCUCGGAUUGAAGUGAAUCAGGAUAAAAUUUUCGGAUUAAGAAUGAACACCGAUCAAAACAGGGCAAACUCGCGAAAUAAACACAAACACACAAACUUACGAAUCAAACGGCAAUUUGAUCGCUUUAAUAUUUGUUUCGAU